AUGGAGAAAAGCUUCUUGUCCUCUAGCUUCGGCCAUGAAGUUAACAGUCUAUUCUCUACUUCUUCAUCUGCUCUAUCCAUGGCGAAAUCUUCUGCAAGUAAUCAUCAACCUCAAACUAAAUCAUAUAUCCACGAACCAAACUUCAAUCCGAUUCGCCAUUUCAUUGAUACACUCCUAAAAUGCAAUAACCUUGAGCAAAUCAGACAAGUUCAUGCUCAUAUUACUAUCUACUGUAUGUAUCAUAACCUAAUUGUUGUAAACAAGCUCCUUUACUUAUACGCAUAUUCAAAAUCACUUAAAGACGCUCACGCUCUAUUAUGUGUAAUGAAAGAAAGAGACGCCGUAAUUUGGACUGUCAUGAUUGGUGGUUUUGCAAAGGUUCGUGAUUACUUCAAUUGUUUCAAAACAUUUAGAGAUUACAUUAGAUCAGGAUUAGUUCCUGAUAAUUAUACUUUACCUUCUGUAAUUAGAGCCUGUAGGGAUAAUAAACAUCUUAGAUUUGGAAAGUUGAUUCAUGAAAUCACUUUCAAGUUCGGUUUGCAAUUGGAUGAAUUUAUAGUAGCUGCACUUGUAGAUAUUGAGUCUCUUGUAUUGUUUGAUUCAAUGAUAGAUGAAGGUUUUGUUCUCGAUAAGAUUUCGAUGGUGACGGUUGUUAACGCUGGUGCAAAAACCGGGGAUAUGAAUAAGGCGAGAUUAGUUCAUGUUUAUUUAUUGUGGAGGAAUUUUUCGAUUGAUGUAAUUCUCGGCUCGACGAUAAUUGAUAUGUAUGCUAAGUGUGGGAAUGUUGACUAUGCUCGGUCACUACAAAAAAUGAACCAUCCGAAUAUCGUAAACCUUACACAAGUCAUUAUAGAGAACGACGUAUUGGGAUACCUUAAUUUGGAGUUGAAUGAUGUUAGGAGAAAGCAAGUUGAGGCAGUAGUUAAUCGUCUAUCCAAGGAGAGUAAAAUUUUUGUUGUGUACUCAUGUGACUUGAAAAUAGCUUUUGUUACAGUUGAAACCAUUUCUAACAUUUGUGGUUCAAAAGUUGAAAACAUUGCCAGCAUUUGUGGUGCAACAAGAAUUUCCAUUCUUGAAAUUGAUUCCUUCCAAGAUAAUUCUACACUCCCCACAAGUUGGAUAGUAGAUGUUGAAACUGCCCAACUUGCCACAUACUUCCUUGAAUCGCCUUGGACUGCGGUUGAUUGGGGUCCAAAUGCCAAGAAUGAAGGAAUGGUUGUUAUUUCUCAUGGUUGGUUGCACUAG